CCAUCCCACAAUGCAUCAGUUGUAAUUGUAAUGGCGGCCGAAUGCAGCGGAAAGGUGGAGGAAAAACGUCCGGUAAAAAGGGUGACAAACAGGGCCGUGGAGGGGGAAGAGACAAUCCAUCGGUGCAUUAUAGGAAUUUACAAAUCCUAGCAUUCCCUCUUGUUAUUCUUUUUACGGUUAUCCGUGCCCUUGCCUUCCAAAUCUGGGUUGUUUUGGUGUUUAUCUAUCGACACCGACAUCUUGCAUUGCCAUGCAAAAUACAAAAAGCGUCUGCCACCGAUUCUGAUCAUGACAAAGUUCAGGUUUCCGUAUCAGUGGAGUCACCGGGACAAGGCCAUUCCCAGGCCGAUGGUGGUGACAUGGCGUCGAGGAAAGGGGACGUGGUGCAGGAUCCUGCUGUGGAUUUACAGAAAUAUUACCACAGACGAGCGUUUGAACACAUCUCGAAAGCUCUCAAGAUUGACGAGGAAGACAAGGGUCGAAAGGAGUAUGCAGUUGAGUUGUAUAAGAAGGGCAUCUUAGAGUUAGAGAAGGGGAUAGCGGUAGAUCUAGUUGGACAUGGGGAAGGGGCUGAUAGAGCUCGUAGACUCCAAGAAAAAAUGAAGGCAAACUUAGGCAUGGCGAAAGAUAGACUUGGAUGCUUAGAGGAAAUGAUCCAAAAAGAAGCACGGAUCUAUCAUGGUAAUGUUGAUAAUAUUGGCAGUGGUAUAUGCCGUGUUCAUUCGGCCGCUACAACGCCCACCAGCAGUCGAGCUCGCAGCAUCUCAGAGAGUGGGAAUGGGGGAGGUGGUGGCUCGCUUGAACGUAAAACAAGCGAUAGCAGCAUUAAAGGAGGGGGACCAACAGAAAGGCAGCCCAGCCCAGCUGUACAACGAAGAGUCCUCACGUACAAGAGUAAUACCCUUCCGCGGGCAAAACCCCCACGUGCUCUCCCCUCGCCAACAUCCUCACCAGUAAGAAAGCCAGCAGUAAGAGUACCAUCGAAUGCAACACCAUCUGAAGCUAAAAUGCACCGACUGAGACGGCUGCUUUCUCACCCUGAGCUAAGUGCAGCUCCAGUGUCAAGGAACUUGAGUCUGCCCAUCCAGGGAAUUGACACUGGCCGACCUGCAAUCAAACGAAAUCAUAUAAAGAGAUCAUCAUCGCAUCAAGAACUGUCCAAGGGUAAGAAGUCGGGCAGAACUGGCAAGAAACUGUCACCAAAUUUCAAGAACGUGGACCGUAAAUUGGCCACACUCAUAUUGGAUGAGAUUAUCGAUCAAGGACCAAUGGUUCAGUUUUCUGAUAUAGCUGGUCAGGAAACAGCCAAGCAAGCUCUACAAGAGAUUGUGAUAUUACCAGCCCUCAGACCUGAGCUUUUCACUGGUCUAAGGGCCCCUGCUAGAGGUUUACUGCUGUUCGGCCCUCCUGGCAAUGGAAAAACCAUGCUGGCCAAGGCUGUUGCGAGCGAGUCCAAUUUCACCUUCUUCAAUAUCAGUGCUGCGACUUUAACAUCGAAAUAUGUUGGUGAGGGAGAGAAGUUAGUGCGGGCGUUGUUCGCUGUAGCAAGGGAGUUACAACCUUCCAUUAUAUUCUUAGAUGAGAUCGACUCCUUGUUGUGUGAGAGACGAGAGGGGGAACAUGAAGCCAGUAGGAGAUUAAAAACCGAAUUCCUAAUAGAGUUUGAUGGGGUACAUAGUAACCCAGAAGAGAGAGUUCUAGUCAUGGGGGCAUCGAAUCGACCCCAAGACCUUGACGAUGCUGUCUUGCGACGUUUUGCAAAAAGGAUUUAUGUCACCAUGCCUGAUAAGGAAACAAGAAUCUUGUUAUUCACUAAGCUGCUCGAGAAACAUAAAAAUCCACUGACGAAGAAAGAAGUGGACCAUUUAUCUGGGUUAACCGACGGGUACUCGGGAAGUGACAUCACAGCACUAUCCAAGGAUGCUGCACUUGGGCCAAUCAGAGAGCUGCCCCCCGAGCAAGUGCGUGAUGUUGAUCUCAGCCAGGUUCGUAGCAUCCAGAUGGUAGACUUCUUGGACUCGCUCAAGAAGAUCCGCCACAGUGUUCCUCAGGGUCUCAUGGACAAGUUUGAUAGAUGGAAUAAAGAAUUUGGUGAUGUCACUUCAUGCUGAAUGAGGAGGGAAGUGAUGGCCACUUUGACAAGUGUUGACUGCAUUGGUGUGUAUGUUACAGUCAUCUCUAUAAGUUACAAGUUCUCUGUGUGGGCAAAAUCCAUAGAUCUGUCAGCAGUUGAUAGUAUCUUUGGCUGAGGCUUUUUCUGUCACAACAAACAAUGUCAAGUGCCAAGUCUACAUAUUUCUAAAUCCUAUCCUGAUCUUUCUGUUCAUGCACUUGUUGACGAGGAAUACAGCGAUGUACAUGGACUGAGCCCAAAGUCCGAAUCAGGAUUUCGACAUGAUGGGGGAGAGGCUGUUUUGUGAUGUACGAUGUUCUAGUCCUUGUAUUCUAGCAAUUGAUCUCUACGCUGUUCAUGAAUACAUUCCUGAUAUCUAAAUUCUUGAACAUUCUAUAGAAACAAAGUCCUGCGUCCACCCUUCUACCUGAUGUGUUGUUUAGUGAUGCCUACAAAACUGUCAGACUCUGGAAAGAGAGUUUGUCCAUCACCAAAAUGCUGAGAUUAGAGGUCAAAUUCUGUUACCGUAACCCAAAGCAUAAUCAUAUCAUAUCUGCAUAGAAUGUGAUGGGGAAAGUUUAUAACUUAAAGAAGGGUUGUGAACUAUCAUUGUAUUAUAUUAUUUAUGAGAGUUUACUUUUCGUCAUUGCUAUGCAGUGAACAUUUUAUUAAGAAGAGUAGAUGAUAAUAAAGGGACACAUUAAUGUAUUGAUGGUAGAGUAUAUUCACUGAGAGAAACAGCAAGCACUGAUCUUAUGUUGCUGCUGUCUUUGUACUGUUAGCCUUGGUCGGCAUUCGCUAUGAUACCCUGUUAGCCUUGGCCGGCAUUCGCUAUGAUACCCUGUGUUCAACGUAUCGCCAUAUCUUUCCUCCUGUAACUGUUGUUGUUAGGAUUUUCAUGCAUCAAUGCCAUUAUCAUAAGUUUGUCAAAAAAAUAUCUACAACAAAAUUUUAUUCACGUACGAGAGCUUAGCAAUAUGCCAGCCAGUUGUAACCUGAUGACUUGUCUUAAUUUUACAUGUAGGCCAACAAUAAACAACAUCAUCGAGAUCUAACAUAAUUCAGCACCAAAAACGAUGUCUGGCAGACCUUUUAGAUUCGGGCAUUUGUGGUCAUAAUUGAUUGAUUAAACAUUUUAACUCAGGAACUUUAAGACACUUCGCCUGAUUUCAUUUUGUUCUCAGCUAUCAUCCGUUUUGGCAGCAAAUUUGAACUAAUUUCCUUUGGAUUGUAUAGACAUGUACCUUGCAAGUAAUUACACUUAGAUUUCUUCAAUGAUUAUUAGCCUUUCCAAUUGCAGCAUGCUAUAAAAUUAUCUUUUGCCAAAAUAUAUACAUGUUCAUGUAUCAUUGGAGUGUACUCUGCUGUACAGUAUAUGUUGUGAUGUGCCAAAAGUUGUCCUCCUUGAUCUGUGUGUUGAUUAGGGCACCUAGUGCUGUAGGCUCUGUUGACUAGGGCACCUGGUGCUGUAGGCUAGGGCACCUGGUGCUGUAGGCUCUGUUGACUAGGGCACCUGGUGCUGUAGGUUGUCCUCCUUGAUCUGUGUGUUGACUAGGGCACCUGGUGCUAUAGGUUCUGCUUCUCACUAGGUUUCAGAUUUCUUGCUCACAACACAUCGAAUGGCUAAAGUGUCGGACUUUUGAUGACCAUAAGGUGCAUCAGUGCUGUAAGCUAGUGCCUAAGCAUGCACAUAUCUCAUAAGGCCAGAGUUAUAUAGGAUUCAGGUUGUCAAUGGUCACAAAAUAAUUGACUUAGGCUUGAAAUACGACGUGAGGGUGAAAAGUGACCUCGUGAAUCGUAUGUAGCCCGCUCUUUGGAAAUGACUAGCUUGUUCUUCAUGUCAUGUAUGAAAUGUGAACAGGGACAUGUCACAUAGGAUAGCUAGUGAGAUAAGCCUUUGUGUGGCAUGCCUUGCUUGUAGAAGUUCAGUAAAGUGCCCUAUUGUUGAUUUGUGAGCAAGGUGCAGGCCUUGUUGAACGUUAUUUUAUAAUCUGUGUGUUCUGUGUGAGCUUUAGUGUAUUAAAUCAUUGGGGAGUGGCACUGAAAGGCUUUGUCAUUGUUACCUUAUCAUGGCUUGGGAUGAUCUGAGGAUGGAAUUAUAAAUUUGAUUUGCAUGAUUUGCACUCCUGAUGAAACAUAUCAUGCCAUCAUGAGUGACAAGGCUUCUAACCAGCAGAAGUAUCAUUCCCUCUGGAUAGUUGUGAUGUCAGCCCCUCUUUGGGAUAUCAUCUGUUUUUCCUUGUGGUAUGAGUCGAUGUUGACCUUCUUUAUGAAUCAUGAACUUGACAUUUAUUUGGAUCUAUAAGCCCUGCUCCAAAGGUCUCUGAGUCCAUGAGAGAGCUGUGUGCCUUGCCCUUUCACUGCCGCUGCCAGUCAGUUCGUUACUGCCAAGCUUUAUAAUUUAAUGUCAUUGACUCUUUUUGAGAACUUUUUCAUACUUUUUUGUUAGCAACCUUUUUUGCAAGAAAAUCAUGUUUUUAAUGUUGAUAUUUUUAUGAAGCAUUUAGGGUAAUUGUGUUUGUAAAGUGUGUGGUAUUAUUCCUUUGUUGUGUUGGUCCGUCAGUCAAUUUCACCCCUUCUACAAAUGUCUGUAUGUAACCAUUGUUACACAAUGUGAUGCUGGAGGUAUUUUAAUCAUUCCACAACAUUUUAACCAAAGAUUGAGGGUGUGAUAAGUAUUGACCAGCAUGCUACAUAUCUUGUGCUAGGUGGGAAUCUUUGUGGCUGACACAAAACAUACUAGGAUAGCCCUGUCUCAAGUACAUGUAGGCCCUGCUUGAAUUUCUUCUCCAAUAUCUAUUGGAUACGACAUUAUAUGUAUUCAAGGUCAAGAAGGCGUUCUUCAAGAAAACUAACGACCAAAGAAAUUGUUGCUACGAAAUCUGUUGUUUUAUUUCAUAUUUUUACUUUUUGUUAUUUUUCUCUUUUUUUUGUCCACGAGCGAGUUAUUUGGCACAGUUUUCAGACUUCGACUGCAUAAUAUUGGUGUGCAAACCGUUAGCUUAUGCUGUAGUAUGCAUGGCGCAUAAUGAUCAUUCUUGCUUUAGUCAAAUUAAAUGCUUUUGCACAUUGCAUAAGACCAAUAGAAUUCAUAAAAAUGAUUUUGAAGCAUUUAUUUUUCUCCUACGGGAUAACCAAAAUCGUUUUGGAUGACUCAAUGGAGCACUGUUAGUAAUGGGUUAAUGAUGGCAACCUUGUGAAGGCUUGUUUGUCUAUAGUGAAAACCUCUAAACUGAGUCGUCGUGGUUUGUUCUGUUCUAACUAUUCAACUUUGGACCAAAGAUCGUGUGUAUAUUUUGUACAUAUUAUAUAUGUUGUAUGACAAACCGUGGUGUACAAUCUGUGUGGACCAAAUAAAAUCAGUAAAUGGCUAGAA